AUGGCUGGCCCCAGCAAGUCCUUGGUCCUUGACCCGGCCCUCCAGAAAUACUACGAACUCAACGCCAACCGCUACAAGUACUUCCGCUGGACUCCUCGUCACGCUUGGUUGUCUAUCGUGUACAUGGGUAUCAUCCCCGGUGUCCUGACCUACGUUGCCUACAAGACCGAGGGCAAAUUCGAGCUCCGCGGUAAGCGGAAGGGAGACACAAUUUCCGAGUGGUAA